AUAAGAGAGAGCCGGAUACACCAGGAGGUGGCUCUAGGGCAGAAGCAGCAACACCAUUAAGUGCAACAAGGCCAGUGGCCAGGAAGCAUCACGAGAACAUCAGUAGUUACACCAGGAAGCAUCACGAGAACAUCAGUAGUUACACCAGGAAGGGGCAGAAGAUCAGCAACAAGUACACCAGAAUAGUUAUGAGAGGCCAGCAACAGAGCUGCGCUGCCCAGGAGCAGGCUCACCAGGACAGCAUGAGAGGCGAGCUUCAGAUUGACAUGGAAUCGGAGAUUGUGCAGCAGGAAACAGAUAUGGCUGCCCAGGAGCCUACAGAAAGCAGGUUCACUCAGACAGAGCAGCGGGGCAUGGUGGUGCAGAAGAAGAGGCUGCAGACUAUCUGGAAGAGACCUGCAGUGAUGGAGCACAGGAAUACCUCGGUGCACAAGACAGUCCAGAAUCUGUUGGAGAAGAUGACCCCUGAUGAUGACAUUGAAACCUUCCUGGCUAUGUUUGAGAGGGUCGCUGAGCAUGCAAAGCUUCCCCACGACGAGUGGGCCGAGGUCAUUGCUCCCUAUUUGUCAGGGAAGUCCCUGAAAGCAUACUUGGGCCUAAGCAAGCAGGAUACCAAAGACUACACUAAACUCAAAGAAGAAAUCUUAUCCUGUGAGGGGAUCACCUUGGCGGGCCACGCGCAGUGCGUGCAGGACUGGAGCUACUCUCCCGAGAGGUCUGUGCGCUCCCAGAUGUACGACUUGGUUUCCCUUGCGAACAAGUGGCUUCAGCCAGAGAUUUUGACGCCUUCCCAGAUAGUAGAGAGAGUUGUGCUCGACAAGUUCAUCCGAUCCCUUCCUUCCAGCAUCCAGAUUUGGAUUGGUAAAAGGGGCCCCAGAGAUGUGGAUCAGUUGGUCUCCCUGGUGGAGUGGUACAAUGCGACGGUGGAUCAUCUCCAUGGCUCUCCAAUGCCACCCCUCAUGGGCUGCACAAUUCCAGGAGGCCUUGGUUACCCAGGGGCUGAACCAGAUUGCUUCCCAAUAAAGAUGGAGAAAGAAGAACCCUUUUCUGAAGAUGUACCUCCGACAACAGAAAAUGCACUUGCUGCUGGGGGUUUCCCUAAGGAAGAUCCCAGUGUGUUACAGGUUAAGGUAGAGACAGAAGAGCCAGACGUGGAAGAGCAACUGAACCCGAUGGGAAGCUCAGAGAUUGCAUUUACAGCUGGGGAGAGUUGCUUGGAGCACAAGGCAAGUUGGGACUCUGGGCUGCUUAGGUUUGAUUUAGGAAACCAGAACCUACAAGUACCCGAAGCCAAGGCUCCCACACACGCCCCGGAGCCGCCCCAAGCCUCCAGUGAUCCUGCAGAAUUCUCACGUCAGAAGGAAAAGACUAAACCGGAAAUCAACGCGAGCCCAAGAAACGGGCAGCGCUCAAUGAGGUGGAAAAUGACACAUUUCCCUUGUUCCAAGUGCGGAAUGACCUUCUCUACGAGGACGGAUCUUAUAAAGCACCUGUGUGUGGGUAAAAACGACGUUUCUCAGCACUCAUCAGAACUCGGUGACCCCCUUGGGGCAAAGGGCGAACGUUCUGGCCACAAGGACGGGAAACCUUACAAGUGCCAUGAAUGUGGGAUGGAUUUUGCGGAUGAGGCUUCUCUCCAGUCCCAUCAGAUUCUGCACGCAGAGGACAGACCUUUCCAGUGCAACCAGUGCGGCAGAAAGUUCUCUCUCCGGAGCAGCCUUUCCAAUCACGAGAGGAAUCAGUCGUGCGAGCAGCCGUUCCGAUGUAAGGAAUGCGGCAAAAUCUUUUCCCGGAAGAGCAGCCUUCACAGCCAUCAGAAAAUCCACACCGGGGAGAGGCCGUUUAUUUGCAUGGAAUGCGGCAAAAGCUUCUACGAGAACAGCGACCUCCGCAAGCACAAAAAGAGUCACACGGGGGAGAAACCGUUCAGCUGCCCCGAGUGCGGCAGGAAGUUCUCUCUGGUGUGCAACCUUCACAAACACCGGAAGCUCCACGAAAGGGACCAUGUUCCUCAUAUGGAUUCAGUUUUCCUCGACGGGAUGAUCUUCUGACCAGUGUUUUUUUUUUUUAAUGUUCCCUAAUUUAUGGUGCCAUAACUAAUGUUGUUGAGUUUUGUAUGUGUACACAUAUUUGUGUCCUUGCUCGGACCCUCGGUGUGCAAUAACAGUGUUUCUCAUGCACACUGACCGGAGAUAGAGGGGACACCCGCUCCUAACCCAGAUGAUGCAAGCAGGUUCUAUGUGAACAGAAAAUGUUUCUGGAUAUCGGAAAAGGAAAGUGCAUUCAGCUUAGGACGUUCCACCAUGUUUGUUGCCCUCUAGAAUAUCGGUGCAGAACUUGGCUUGGGCCUGUCGAAAUACAGAAUGUUGGAAACAUGGUAACUCUUUCCUAUGUGCCCACACUUCCCAACCCUUUCACUUGGUGACAUUUGCCACGCCAAGAGAAUUAGCAGAGGGCAUAGAACUUAUGAGGAACAGUGAAACAUCAGAUAUGGUUGUGACCAGUGGAUAUGCUGAAGUGGGCAUCAGGCAUUUCCCCACGUCUCCUUGUUUUAUUGGGGAGAUACGGGGCGGGGGCAGUAACGAGCGACUCCAUAGACUCCUGUAGCUAAAGCAGAGGGUUUUGGAAGCAAAGGGCAGUUCUGUGCACUCGUUAUAUGUUAUCAUCGUACUUACCCUUAACCUAAAAUACUUGUUGGUUUCAAUAAAAGAGUUGAUAGUAA